CGUCACAUUAUCUUUUGAUUCGUGAUGGAACCAACAAUUUAUAGUAAUUGGGAAGCUAAAAAAAGCGAAUUCUUCAAAAACAUCAAAGCAGUAAUCAAAGAUGACGAGAGCAUUUUGUUAGGCAAAAAGCCGAAAGGCUUAGAUGUUACUAGAGCCAUUUACGAUUUGGUUUGCAGUGGCAUCAAAGGAAUUCUCAAGAAAGAUGCUUUACAGACAGCGCUCACUGAGCUUAUUUUUAUACAUAAGGACAUCGCUUCGAUUAUUCUCGAUAUAUUUCAUGUCCUCGAUACAGAAACUCAAUCACAGACGGACUUCACAGUUGAGGAGCGAAGCACGUUUGGUAUGAUCAUCAAGGCCUCAGAAAAACUCUUCUCAGAAAAAAUGCUUAAAGAACGUCUUGAGAUUGAUACUUUACAAGAGUUUGGUAUCGUAAAUAAAACGUUUUACACAAAGUUCAUCAAAAUUAAAACGAAACUUUAUUAUAAACAAAGACGAUUCAAUUUAUUCCGUGAGGAGAAUGAAGGAUAUGCAAAGCUUAUGACAGAACUUAACAAGGAAUUCGGUGAUGACGAUAACGAACUGAAUACCAUAGAAAUGGGGAAAUCUCUCAUCGGUUGCUUCAACUUAGAUCCAAAUCGAGUGCUCGAUGUGAUUUUGGAAUCAUUCGAAAGUCGCUCUGAGCAACAUGAGCUCUUCAUACCGCUCCUCAAGUCUUACAUGCCCGACUCAAACAUCAUAAGUGAAGUAUUGGGCUACAAAUACCGAAAUUAUAGCGACGAACAAACUCCAUUCUCGCUCUACAAAGUCACUGCCAUUCUCCUUCAACACGACAUCAUAAAGUUAGACGACAUUUACUCCUGGCUAAGUCCUGUUGACGAGAAAUUAGCGACCGAAUGGGAAAUGGAAAUCAACGAUGCAAAAGAGUUUGUACGUAAGUUGAACAUCGUGUCAACAAACAAAGAUAAGCAGGAUGAAGAGAAAGAACCAGAUCACGAUGUAAUCAGUGAAAAGUACGCAACAAAUCAAAAGUUUGGGUUGUGUGAAGCUCUUUUAACCAUCGGAGAUUGGGAGAAUGCUGAGAAAGUGAUGAAUAAACUGCCAGAAAAAUGUGCAACUUCAUACGAGCCAAUCGCUCGAGCAUUGUGUGACUUAAUUCAUAUUAUCAUCGAACCAGUUUAUCGCUUGAAAUGUGCGAUUCCAGCAAACAUUCGAGGAAAGAUCGUGUCACCGCAUUCCAACAAGAAAUCACCGCCACAAGUGACAGCAUUCGUGAAUCUUAGAAAUCAUGCUUUUCCAAUGUUUCAUGCACUUGGACCGUCACUCAAUUACGAUCCAGUUUUACUUCAGAAACUCCUGAGAAUGAUGCGAGUAAUUUUAGAGAACGAGUUGAAUGUUGAUGCUGCAAAUCCGCCCACGUCUGCUAUCAUUGAUGACAUGAAGCUGGCGCUUUAUCACGACAUCAUCAGUCUCCUCGACAGUUGUGUCUUGCCAUCGUUAUCUUAUAUGGAAUGCAACUGUUGUGUUGCAGAAGAGAUUUGGUCUGUAGUGAAACUUUAUCCUUACAACAUUCGUUAUUCACUCUACAGUCGAUGGAAGAAUGAAUCGUAUUUGGUUCAUCCCAAACUGAUUCGAAUUCGUGGCAAUGCUGAGAAAGAAAUAAAAGCUUUGAUGAAACGUGUGAGUAAAGAAAAUGUUAAACCAGUUGGACGUCGAAUUGGAAAAUUAACUCACAGCUCACCAGGAUUUCUCUUUGAUUAUGUAAGUUUCAUAUCUUGCAACUUAAUUCGAUUAAUAAUUUAUUUUCUUGUGCAGGUUCUCGGGCAAAUUCAAAUUUAUGACAAUUUAAUUGGACCAGUUGUUGAUGCUCUGCGCUUUCUAACUUCGCUUUCCUAUGACGUUCUUGGAUAUUGCGUGAUAGAAGCUCUCGUAAGUAGCGGUCGAGAUCGGUUUAAAUACGGCGGAACUUCACUCUCUGAUUGGCUUCAAAGUCUCGCAAACUUUUGUGGUGCAAUCUACAAGAAAUAUACGAUCGAGUUAAGUGGAUUACUUCAAUACAUUUGCAAUCAGUUAAAGGCACAUAAAAGUUUGGAUUUAUUGAUAUUGAAGGAGAUUGUUCAGAAAAUGGUGGGAAUAGAAGCAGCUGAAGAGAUGACAAGUGAACAGUUGAGCGCAAUGUGUGGAGGAGAAUUGCUGAAAGGUGAAGCUGGUUAUUUCAGUCAAGUCAGAAACACUAAAAAAUCAUCUCAACGAUUAAAAGAUGCACUUGCAAGUAAUGAUUUAGCUGUGGCUUUGUGUCUUCUCAUUGCUCAACAAAAGCAUUGUGUAAUUUAUCGUGAAACAUCAAAAAGUCAUUUAAAGUUAGUGGGAAAGCUUUACGAUCAAUGUCAAGAUACUUUAGUUCAGUUUGGAAAUUUCUUGGGUUCAACGUACUCGGUAGAGGAAUAUGUGGAGCGACUUCCAUCGAUUCACAGUAUGCUGCAGGAAUAUCACAUUCACUCUGAUGUUGCUUUCUUUCUUGCUCGUCCAAUGCUUGGACAUGCAAUCAAUCAAAAAUACGAUCAACUGCGUAAAAAUGAUUCAAGCUCAAAAAAGUUGACAUCAGCACAGAAACAAGAGAAAUAUUUGGAAGCUGUUGAGUUUGUUAUGAGUCCUGUGAUUGAAUCUGUUCGGCCGCUUCAUCCGAUGAAAGUGUGGGAGGAUAUCAGCCCACAAUUCCUUGUCACAUUCUGGUCACUUUCAAUGUACGAUCUUCAAACGCCACUUGAAAGUUAUCUAAGAGAAAUAGCAAAAAUUAAGCAACAAUCAGCACUUCUUGUCCACAGCAAUGAUAGUAACAACACAAUGUCAAAGAUUAAGAAGGAACAAGAAAGAUUUCAAGCUUUGAUUGAGAAAUUACAAGAAGAAAAGAAGAAGCAACAAGAACAUGUCGAGAAGAUCAUGGGACGAUUAAAUGAAGAGAAGGACAAUUGGUUUCCAUCAAGAGCACAACGUUCAGUUAAGAAUGAAACAAUUCCUAAAUUUCUUCAGCUUUGUUUGUUUCCACGUUGCACAUUUACCGCUCUUGAUGCGGUUUAUUGUGCAAAGUUUGUUCACAUUAUUCACAAUUUGAAGACACCAAAUUUUUCCACUUUAUUGUGCUAUGAUCGGAUAUUUUGUGAUAUCACUUGCUGUGUGACGACAUGCACUGAGAACGAAGCAACUCGAUAUGGAAGAUUUUUGAAUGCUAUGUUGGAAACUGUCAUGCGUUGGCACGGCGAUCAAGCAACAUUCAACAAGGAAUGUGCAAAAUUUCCAGGAUUUGUCACCAAAUUUCGUGUCAGCAAUCAAUGCUCGGACACAAACGACAACGUUGGAUAUGAAAACUUCCGUCAUGUUUGCUACAAAUGGCAUUUUAAAAUUGCAAAAUCGAUCGUCACUUGUCUCAGCUCAAAAGAUUACAUUCAGAUUCGUAACGCUUUUGUGAUUCUCAUGCACAUUCAGAAUCAUUUUCCUGUCUUAUUACGAACCGAACAAGUUAUUCAAAAACGUGUUGAAAAGGUUCGAGAUGAAGAGAAAAACAAACGACAAGAUUUGCACGUUUUAGCGUCAUCGUACUUGGGGAUAUUAAAACUGAAAUGCAAUCAAUUGAUUCCUGAAAGUGAAUUCCAUCAAGUCAGUGAGAAAGCUUUGCAAGAAGAGAAAACAAUGAAUGGCGAUGCUGGAAAGAUUGAUAAGAAACCAUUGAAAGAUCGUGAACGUAGCGAGAAGAAGCUCAUCAAAGUGACAGCGGAACGAGAGAUUAAGAAAGAAACUCCAGCACGCGAGUCAUCAUCGAGAGAUCAACGGGAACCAACCCCCCGUGAGAAGUCUGUAAAGGAAAUAAAAGUGAAAGAAGAAAAGCGAGAACGUGAGACGAGAGAACGUGAUGAACCUGAAAAGAUUGCUUUUGCACUCUUUCUGUUCCUUGCUGCAGCACUCUUCGCGGUUUGUAGCCCUCAUGCUGCUGACACAUUCGAAGGUGACUUAAGUUCGGUGUCCAAUUCCAGUAAUGGCUCGAUGCAUCCAACUGCUGACUUAGUGAUCGUUGAUGAUCAAAGAGAGUCAAAACGGCGUAAAGUUGAAAUACCCUCGUCGAAGAAAACCCGAUGGGAUGUCCCUGACAACUCUCCAAAGCUGUAUCCAAACAGCCUUCAAGUGUUGCUGAUCAUCGACACUAAAAAUCAUCAACAUGGAGGCCUCCAACCAUGGCUUUAUCCAUCAGAAAGUGAAACUAAUGGAAAUAUAAAAUCUUUGCAGAAGCGUAACGACAAUGACGACGUUGUGGAAGUCAAGAAAGAAAGAACAUCGAAGAAGGAAAAGCGAGAAAAACAAACUGAAGAGGAAAAAGAACUGCGAAAGGAAAAGAAAUUAAUUAAGAAGCGAGAUCGAGAAGAGCCGGCAGUAGUUGAAAAGCGACGAAAAGAUGAGGACAAAACAAUUAAAGUUCCACAUCAUAAUGGCGAGGAAGACGAGAGAACGCGACGUCAUGUACGAAUGAAUGAUGAUGUUUACAUUCGUGAUGAACGACAUGAUCGUGACAAAGGACACUACCAGAAGACUCGAACAGGGCGCAGCAAUCCUUACUGAAAUUUGAGCUCAAUCAAUUAACAAAAUUAAUUUUUUCCAUUCUCGUCUUUUUAUGAAUUUUCAUUUCUUUUUUAUUAUUUUCCAUGAUUGAGAAAAAUUCUUCUGAUUUUUUUUCUCAUUUCAAUUCAAAUCAAUUUUUUGAAUAAACCUCACUUAAGACUCGUAUUUGUAAUGAAAAAUCUUUUAAAAUGUAAACUUUUGAAAAUGUUUAUUAAAUAUUUACGUCAAAGCUUAGGUUAUGAAAAUUUAAAUAAAAGUAUCAAGAAAAAGAUUUU